AUGGCUCUGUUUGAGGAGGAGAUGGACACCAGUCCAAUGGUCUCCUCUCUGCUCAGUACUCUGGCCAACUACUCCAACUUGCCAACUGGCAGCAAAGAGCACGAAGAGGCCGAGAAUAAUGAGGAGGGAGCACGUCCAUCUAAAAAACCUGUCAAGGCGCCUCAGUUGGGCACUCUGAUGGGAGUUUACUUGCCGUGCAUCCAGAACAUUUUCGGCGUGAUCCUCUUCCUGCGGAUGACGUGGAUGGUCGGCAUCGGAGGCGUCUUCGGCUCAUUCAUAAUCGUCUUCAUGUGUUGUUCUACGACAAUGCUCACAGCAAUCUCCAUGAGUGCCAUUGCAACAAAUGGAGUCGUACCAGCUGGAGGUUCGUACUACAUGAUCUCUCGCUCUCUGGGGCCUGAGUUCGGCGGCGCUGUUGGGAUCUGCUUCUACCUGGGCACCACGUUUGCAGGUGCCAUGUACAUUCUUGGCUGCAUUGAAAUUUUGCUGAUUUAUAUUGUUCCUCAGGCAGCCAUCUUUAAGAUCGAGGGCCUGGAGGGGCCAGAGGCAGAGGCGGCUCUGCUCAACAACAUGCGCGUUUACGGCACCAUCGUUCUGAGCUUCAUGGCGCUGGUGGUGUUCGUGGGGGUCAAAUAUGUCAACAAGCUGGCUCUAGUCUUCUUGGCCUGUGUCAUCCUCUCUAUUGUGGCUGUUUACGCCGGUGUCAUCAAGACCGCCAUCGACCCCCCUGUCUUCCCCGUCUGCCUCCUUGGAAAUCGAACUCUAGUCUCUAAAGGAUAUGAUGUGUGCGCAAAGGUGAUCGAAAUAGACAACGACACCAUCACCACCAAACUGUGGAGAUCCUUCUGUGAUUCUGAGUUCCUCAAUGCCACGUGUGACGACUACUUCACCAACAACAAUGUGACAGAGAUACAGGGAAUCCCGGGGGUCACCAGCGGCAUCCUGGCAGAAAACCUGUUUGGUAACUAUCUGGAAAAAGGGAUGAUUCUGGAGAAGCGCGGACUUGCUUCGGAUUCAGAUCCAGACAGUUCCCCAACAAACUCCAACCGCUACGUCCUGGCUGACAUCACCAGCUUCUUCACCCUGCUGGUGGGGAUAUACUUCCCAUCUGUCACAGGCAUCAUGGCCGGCUCCAACCGCUCCGGAGACCUGCGUGAUGCUCAGAAGUCAAUCCCCAUCGGCACCAUUGCAGCCAUCACCACCACAUCGACUGUGUAUAUCUCAUGUGUGGUGCUGUUUGGUGCUUGUAUAGAAGGAGUGGUCCUACGAGAUAAGUUUGGUGAAGGAGUCAACGGCAACCUGGUGAUUGGUACGCUGGCGUGGCCUUCUCCAUGGGUCAUUGUGUUCGGCUCCUUUUUCUCCACCUGCGGAGCUGGACUUCAGAGUCUGACAGGAGCUCCACGUCUCCUGCAGGCCAUCUCAAGGGACGGCAUCAUCCCUUUUCUUAGAGUGUUUGGUCAUGGCAAAGACAACGGGGAGCCUACCUGGGCGCUUCUUCUCACAGCGAGCAUCUGUGAGAUUGGAAUCAUUAUCGCCUCCCUGGAUGCAGUCGCUCCCAUCCUCUCCAUGUUCUUCUUGAUGUGCUACAUGUUCGUCAAUCUUGCCUGCGCUUUGCAGACUCUGCUGAGGACGCCCAACUGGAGGCCUCGUUUCAAGUUCUACCACUGGGCUCUGUCUUUCCUGGGUAUGAGUCUGUGCCUGUCGCUCAUGUUCAUCUGCUCCUGGUAUUACGCCAUAGUGGCCAUGGGCAUUGCCACCUGCAUCUACAAAUACAUUGAGUUCUGUGGGGCUGAGAAGGAGUGGGGUGAUGGGAUUCGUGGGAUCUCGCUCAGCGCUGCUCGCUUUGCUCUGAUGAGGCUGGAGGAAGGCCCGCCACACACCAAGAACUGGAGGCCUCAAAUCCUGGUUCUGGUCAGUGUGGAUGCUGAGCAGAAUGUGGAGCAGCCUCGUCUGCUCUCUCUGACCAAUCAGCUAAAAGCAGGGAAAGGCCUGACCAUCGUCGGCACAUCGGUUCAAGGAACCUUCCUUGACAAUUAUACUGAAGCCCAGAGGGCAGAUCAGUCUUUACGCAAGCUGAUGGAGGCAGAAAAGGUGAAGGGCUUCUCUCAGGUGGUCAUCUCCUCCAACCUGAGAGAUGGGACGUCCCAUCUGAUCCAGGUUGGAGGACUCGGAGGUCUGAAGCACAACACUGUGAUGGUCAGCUGGCCCCGUAACUGGAAACAGCCCGAGUGCCACCAGCAAUUUAGAAACUUCAUUGAGGUAGUUAGAGAGACAACUAUAGCCAGUCUGGCCUUGUUGGUUCCUAAGAACAUCUCCAGCUAUCCAUCCAAUGGAGAGCGCUUCACCGAAGGCCACAUAGAUGUGUGGUGGAUCGUCCACGAUGGAGGCAUGCUGAUGCUGCUGCCCUUCCUGCUGCGACAGCACAAGGUGUGGAGAAAGUGCAAGAUGCGCAUUUUCACUGUAGCUCAGAUGGAUGACAACAGCAUCCAGAUGAAGAAAGACCUCCUCAUCUUCCUCUAUCACCUGCGCAUCGACGCUGAGGUGGAAGUGGUGGAAAUGCAUGACGGUGAUAUCUCAGCCUAUACCUACGAGAAGACUCUGAUAAUGGAACAACGUUCACAGAUCCUCAAACAGAUGCAUCUGACCAAGAAUGAGAUGGAGAGAGAGAUUCAGAGCAUUACAGAUUCAUCCCGUGGGUCCAUCCGCCGUAAAAACCCAUCUGCCUUGCGGCCCCAGCAUAGCAUUGAGGAGGGAGCAAGCGUGGCAGAAAAACCAGAGGAGGAGUCUGUGGCUGUCUCCAACCCAAAACAGGUGCAGCUGAUCCAGAGCAAGAAUGCCUCCACACCGACCAGCCCCACAAGCCCCACGUCCCCUGCUGCACCCGCGGGGGGAGCUGCCACCUGGACCGACAGCAAGGGCCCAGAUAAGGGGAAGACCCUUUCGGCAGCGACCCCACAGCAGGGCAAAGACCUCUUCAACAUGAAGCCGGAAUGGGAGAACUUGAACCAGACUGAUGUCAGGCGCAUGCACACAGCGAUGCGGCUCAACGAGGUCAUCAUAAAGAAGUCCAAGGAGGCCAAACUUGUCCUGCUCAACAUGCCUGGACCACCAAAGAACCGUGUGGGCAACGAAAACUACAUGGAGUUCCUCGAGGUGCUCACUGAGGGACUCAAUCGGGUCCUCCUGGUGCGUGGAGGUGGACGUGAGGUCAUCACCAUCUACUCCUGA